CUGUUUCUCAGCAGCUUCCCACGGGCUGCAGCUGCACUGCCUUCCUGCCUUUUCCUCAAAUUCUGCUCUUGCCCCAAUAAUACGUGCCCUAGGCAUGGCUGGUCCUUUCUGCUGUUUUUGGAUUUUCUGACAAUUCUUGAUCACUCUCCUUUAUUCCAUCUCACCUUUCACCUCUUGGGUCAGACCCAGCACAGUCUGGCCCCCUUGAAGCAAGAGUCUCUUGUCCGCACAAAGGAGAUGACCACUUCCUUCCCUUAAACACUCCAGAUCAUCACUGAGUUUCUACUUGGUUGGAAUGAGCUGCGGAUUUCAUCCUGCUUAUGUUCAGCUGAAGCUCGGAGGAUGUGGGGUCGUCAGCUGAUUCACCUGCUCUCUAGCUCCCAGCGGCUACUGAAGAAAAGUCCCAGGUGCCGGGUGCCAUGGCUGCUCAACUUCAGGAAAACCCUUCCAAGUCUGACUCGUUGGCAUCACACAGCCCCAGAGUCGCUGAAGUGUGCCUGGCAGUUAAACGAUGAUCACUUGGAGCUGAAAUAUGGGGAUGUCCUCAUGCGCUUUGACUACGUCUGGCUACGUGAUCACUGCCGCUCUGCUUCCUGCUACAAUACCAAGACCAACCAGCGCAGCUUGGACACAGCCAGUGUGGAUCUGUGCAUCAGGCCAAAGAGCGUCCGUGUGGAUGAAACAACACUCUUUCUUACCUGGCCAGAUGGCCACGUGACGAGGUACGGGUUGGAAUGGCUGCUGAAGAACAGCUACGAAGGGCAGAAGCAGCAGGUCAUGCAGCCACGCAUUCUCUGGAAUGCUCAUAUCUACCAGGAAGCCCAAGUGCCCUCAGUGGACUGCCAGAGCUUCCUGGAGACCAACGAGGGCCUGAGAGAGUUCCUGCAAAACUUCUUGCUCUACGGGAUCGCAUUUGUGGAAAACGUCCCCCCAACCAAAGAAGACACCGAGAUCUUAGCAGAGAGGAUCAGCUUGAUCAGGGAGACUAUCUAUGGCAGGAUGUGGCACUUCACCUCUGACUUCUCCCGGGGAGACACAGCCUACACCAAGCUGGCUUUGGACCGUCACACAGAUACCACUUAUUUCCAGGAACCCUGUGGCAUCCAGGUGUUUCACUGCCUCCGGCAUGAAGGGACAGGUGGUCGUACAUUGCUUGUGGAUGGCUUCUACGCAGCAGAGCAGGUGCUCCAGCAAGCCCCGGAUGACUUUGAGCUCCUCACCAAGGUGCCACUGAAGCACGAAUAUAUCGAGAAUGUGGGGGGCUGCCACAACCACAUGAUUGGGGUUGGGCCUGUCUUGAAUGUCUACCCCUGGAACAACGAGAUCUACUUGAUCAGGUACAACAACUACGACCGAGCCGUCAUUAACACGGUGCCUUAUGACACUGUGCACCGCUGGUACAGCGCACACCGCACUCUCACCGCCGAGCUAAGGAGACCGGAGAAUGAGCUCUGGGUGAAGCUGAAGCCGGGCAAGGCCCUGUUUGUGGACAACUGGCGAGUUCUGCACGGCCGGGAGUCUUUCACAGGUUACCGCCAGCUCUGCGGCUGCUACCUGACGAGAGAUGACGUGCUGAAUACAGCCCGCUUCCUGGGGCUGCAAGCCUAGCUUGACCUGGGCUUCCGGAAUUUAGGGAAUUGCGGAUCCAGGAAUGAGAGAGCUUUUCGCAAUAUACCUCACAGACUUGACCUUCUGCUCGCAAGAGGAGGAGAGUUCCCCAUGGGAUUACUUGAUUGUCAGCCAGCCCAUGCAGUUUAUUUGCCUUUCCCCCCACCCCACACAUACACUAUCCCAGUUUUUUGGUCUUUUGUUGUCCAACUCCCUUUGGCUUUCACGGCACAAUGGACACAUUUGGUGCAGGAAGGAAUCAAAGUCCACUGCAGCACUCGAGGUGCCAGAUCUUGUUGUGCCUUUUUGCUGUUGUAACUGAACUAUAAUGCUAACUUUGGUCAGUGGGCAUUUUUUACACUGGCACUCCAUAGUUUUGCUGACCACAGGACAAGUGAGUGUCCUUAGAAGUGUGGGGAGAGAACUCUCUCCACCCGACACCAGUCUUCAAACACCUUCAAAAAUACACAAGUGCCAGGUGUUGGAAGCUUUUAGGGCUGUCCCCAUUGUCUGCUGAUGGCUCAAACUUGCCAUAUUGAUAGGAAAGCAGCUACAGGAAAUUUUGUGGCGAGGGAGGAGAGCUGCAUGGCUAGAGCCAGGUAGUUAUGCUGGGGGUCCUUCUUUACCAGAACUGCAAACGACAGUUUGUGCACAGUGAUAUCUUCCCCUUCCCCAUAUCCUGCGUUGUUUUUCUUUUGCCAUGAUAGCUCCUCCUAGUCCAUGAUAGCUGCCCUUUCUUCAUUUUGGUUCUUGAAUAUAUAUUUUUGCCUUGUGCUUUUUCUUUUCUUUUCUUUUCUUUUUGCUUUGGCCUUCCAAGGAUUUACUCCUACUUCGUUGAUAGCCUCUCACCUUGUGAGCAAUAGGAAAGUAAUUGAAUUAGGAGCAGUGGCACUGUCAGGGCAGGACUCUGGGGCAGAGGUCAUGGUCCCUUCAGCAAAAUGAGCAUGGAGGCCGACAGACAUGGCAGCAGGACUGACUUUCCACAUUUUUGAAGUUACUGGAACAAGAUGAAUGACCAUCUAAAGUGAGGAAGGGGUUCCCAGCUGUGGUUUCUUUGGUUAAAAAAAAUAGAGGUGCUGGUACUCAUAUCUAGUACCAAGGAUGCCAGAACAAAACAAGGCAAUGUUCCUCCAUACAGGUGGGGAAAAGCACUGACUUCCCAUAAGACCAGUGGUGGGCCUACAUUUGGGGGGUCCUGAUGCUUGCUCUGUUAUGGGGGGCCCCUUUGCAACCAGGUAUGGGUAACCACGGUUGUCUUCCUCAAUGGGGUUGCUUCACGACAAUCACUGCAAUUAAAAAAUAAUAAUUCAA